AGACCUGUGUCACACACAUGCACACUACUGGAGACAGAGCACAGCUUUUCCACAGAGCCAUAACUUCAUGUGCUGGAGAUUCUGCAAUGUCUGUGACUGGGAUCAAUGGCACAGAGAUUUUCAUCAUGAUGUGAAGAGGGAAUUAAACUCAGUUUUCUGUCUGAUAAACGUCUGGAUUCACUUCAAACUGAACUUGGAACAGUAAAUGCGCACUUUGUUUUUCAUCAUACGCUGUUUGUGGAUGUUCACGAUGGCUUUACUGUGGCUCUUUCUGUUUAUCAGAGGAAAUCUGUCUGAAACUCUCUGAAAUACAAAGCUGAACGUUAAAGCGAAGUUUCACAGCUGUGAAGUCACCACUUGGACAGGCGGCUCAGGAUGAGAAGAUGGCAGCCAUACUGUUUCCACCGGGUCCUGACAGUCUACACCGGUUCACUCGUGAGUCCCUGGCUGGAAUCGAACAGCGGAUCGCUGAGGAGCAGGCCCGGCAUGCCAAAGAGUAUCAGGAGGACCUGGGUGACGUGGAGCCGCCCAAGGCCCGGCCCGACCUGGAGGCCGGCAAGCAGCUCCCUCGAAUCUUUGGAGACAUUCCGUCUGGACUGGUGGGCGUCCCUCUGGAUGAUAUUGACUCGUUUUACUUCCAGAACAAGAGAACAUUUAUAGUACUGAACAAAGGGAAGGCCAUCUUCCGCUUUAGUGCCACUUCUGCACUCUAUAUCUUUAGCCCUUUUCAUCCUGUGAGAAGAGCGUCGAUAAGGAUUUUAGUACACUCUUUAUUCAGUCUUUUCAUUAUGUGCACUAUUUUGACCAACUGUUGUUUUAUGGCCAUGUCUGAACCAGCACAGUGGGCCAAAUAUGUGGAAUACACUUUUACUGGUAUUUACACGUUUGAGUCAUUGAUCAAAAUCCUGGCGCGAGGUUUCUGCAUCGGGCCUUUCACCUUCCUGAGAGAUCCAUGGAACUGGCUGGACUUCAGCGUGAUUGUUAUGGCGUUUCUAACUGAGUUUAUUAAAGUAGGCAAUCUGCAAGCCCUCAGAACGUUCAGGGUCCUCCGCGCUUUGAAAACUAUUUCCGUAAUUCCAGGUCUGAAGACUAUCGUUGGAGCUCUGAUUCAGUCCGUGAGGAAGCUGGCGGAUGUCAUGAUCCUAACCGUCUUCUGCCUCAGUGUAUUCGCUCUCAUCGGCCUCCAGCUCUUCAUGGGAAACCUGCGGCAAAAAUGCGUCCGCAGCACCGCACACUGCAUCAACACCACCAUACACUCAUACGACAACAGCACUUUCUUCUGCAAUAACAGAACCUGGUCCUCAAUGCAAGACUUCCUCCUUAAUGAAGAUAAUUACUUUAAAGUGGAAGGGGCUAAGGAUGCCUUAAUAUGUGGAAACGCAAGUGAUGCGGGGAAAUGUCCGGAUGGUUAUGAAUGUUUGAAGACAGGACGAAAUCCAAACUACGGCUACACAAGCUUUGACACCUUUGGCUGGGCUUUUCUCUCGCUCUUCAGACUGAUGACUCAAGAUUACUGGGAAAACCUCUAUCAUCACACGCUACGGUCGGCAGGAAAAGCGUACAUGGUGUUUUUUGUGGUGGUGAUCUUUCUGGGUUCUUUCUAUCUGGUGAAUCUGAUCCUGGCCGUGGUGGCCAUGGCCUACGAAGAGCAGAACCAGGCCACCAUCGCUGAAGCCCUACAGAAAGAACAAGAGUUUCAGAUGGCCAUGGAACAGCUGAAGAAAGAACAGCAGCAGGCGGCUCAGAAAGCACAGGAAACCGAAUCCAUUUUGACCGAAAAUGUGUCGCCCUUCUUCUCACAAGACAACCGAAUGAAUCUGGACCGGAGGAAAAUCUCGAGGCCGAUGUCGGAGGGAACAGAAGAUUGCAGUAAUGACAAAAACGCAAAGCUGGACACUAUAGAGGGAAUGAAGACACGUUCUCUGUUGGUCCGAACUCUCUCCCUGCGGGCCAGGCGUGAAAGUCAGGUCAGCAUCUUUAAUUUUCGACCACCUCACAAGAACUCGGAGCUGGAUUUUGCAGACGACGAGUUUAGCAAUCACGGAGAUUCGGACAGUCGGGGCGGAUCGCUGGCAUUGCCCUGGAACCGGCGGCGGACGAGCGCACAGAGUACCUGCAGUCACACAUCACAGUUUUUCUUUCCCAGUCUCAACAUCAACGGGAAACUGUUUGUCGCCAUCGAGCAGAACGGAGUCUCAGGUCAGGGGCCGCUGUCUCCUCUGCCAAUACCAGCGUGCACCAUGGAGAAGGUCAAAGAGGAAAGUGGACACAACUCCACCAAUGAACUGAGCAGUAUGCUUCUGCCCCAACUGCCCCAGGAGAGGCGAGACCGAGCCCUUAGUGCCACCAGCUACAUCACUGACGCCAUGGAAGAACUAGAGGAGGCGCAGCAGAAGUGUCACCCGUGCUGGUACGGUUUUGCACACAAGUAUCUGGUGUGGACGUGUUGUCCCAGCUGGCUGAAGUUGAAGGAAUGGAUGAAGAUUAUGGUGAUGGAUCCCUUUCUUGAUCUGGCCAUCACCAUCUGCAUCGUUCUCAAUACGCUCUUUAUGGCACUGGAGCAUUAUCCAAUGACAGACGAGUUCAACAAGAUGCUGUCUGUGGGAAACCUGGUCUUCACUGGGAUUUUCACGGCUGAGAUGGUUUUAAAGAUCAUCGCUUUGGAUCCGUAUUUCUACUUUCAGCAGGGCUGGAACAUCUUUGACAGUCUGAUUGUCAGUCUGAGUCUGAUGGAGUUGGGUUUGUCAAACGUCGAGGGUCUGUCCGUCCUCCGCUCCUUCAGACUGCUGAGAGUCUUCAAGCUGGCAAAGUCAUGGCCGACACUCAACACGCUAAUAAAGAUCAUUGGGAACUCUGUAGGAGCUUUAGGAAACCUCACACUGGUGCUGGCCAUCAUCGUCUUCAUCUUCGCCGUGGUGGGCAUGCAGCUGUUCGGCAAAAACUAUGAGUCUUGCGUCUGUAAGAUUUCUAAGGACUGUACUCUUCCUCGAUGGCACAUGAAGGACUUCUUCCAUUCGUUCCUCAUCGUGUUUCGGGUCCUGUGCGGCGAGUGGAUCGAGACCAUGUGGGAUUGCAUGGAGGUUGCUGGACUGCCGCUCUGCAUCCUUGUCUUCAUGCUGGUCAUGGUGAUCGGGAACCUCGUGGUCUUGAAUCUCUUCUUGGCCUUGCUCCUCAGCUCCUUCAGCGCAGACAACCUCUCGGCCCCGGACGAAGACGGCGAGAUGAACAACCUGCAGAUCGCCAUCGCCCGCAUCCAGCGCGGGAUCUUCUGGCUGCGACAGGUCCUCUGCGACUUCUUCAACGGGAACUUCAAGCGAAGACGGCAGAAGGCCAAAGAGGCUAAAGCCAUGCUGAAGCUCAAACGUCUCAGUCAGCAAGCGCACUGGUCAGAGGGCAACGGGACGGCCGGAGUCAUCGAGCGAGGCGGCGAGGACGACAGCUACAUGACCAAUCCUCACCUGACCAUCAGCGUACCCAUCGCGCCCGGAGAGUCGGACGUGGAGUUCCCGGAGGAAGAGGAGGAGGAGGAAGAGGAAGAUGCUAGCGAGAGCUCGGAAGAGGAGAGGGAGGAGCCUAAACCGAAGGAUGACACCAGCCUAUCAGAGGGCAGCACGAUUGACCUGAGGAAACCCGGCGAGGAAGAGGAUGAAUUCUCUGAGAUGGCUGAAGAAACGAUGGAUCCAGAGAACUGUUUUCCUGAUGUGUGCAUACGGCGGUUUCGGUGCUGUGACAUUAACACAUCUGAAGGUUUGGGACGAGCGUGGUGGCGUCUGAGGAAGACGUGUUAUCAGAUCGUGGAGCACAGCUGGUUUGAGACCUUCAUCAUCUUCAUGAUCCUCCUCAGCAGCGGAGCUCUGGCGUUCGAAGACAUUUACAUUGAACAGAGGAAAGUCGUAAAAGUGGUGCUGGAAUACGCAGAUAAAAUCUUCACCUACAUCUUCAUCUUGGAAAUGGGUUUAAAGUGGAUCGCUUACGGCUUCAGGAAAUAUUUCACCAACUACUGGUGCUGGCUGGACUUUCUGAUCGUGGAUGUGUCACUAGUCAGCCUUGUAGCAAACACGCUCGGUUACUCGGACUUCGCUGCCAUCAAAUCACUCAGAACGCUGAGAGCGCUCAGACCAUUAAGAGCGCUGUCCAGAUUUGAAGGCAUGAGGGUGGUGGUUAACGCUCUGAUCGGCGCCAUUCCGUCCAUCAUGAACGUGCUGCUGGUGUGUCUGAUCUUCUGGCUCAUCUUCAGCAUCAUGGGCGUCAACCUGUUCGCCGGGAAGUUCGGCCGCUGCGUCAACCGAACGGGCUUCAUCUACAACUCCUCCUACAUCAACAACAAGACUGAGUGUCUGGCCUUGAACAGCACGCAGUACUACUGGAGCAAAGUCAAAGUCAACUUCGACAACGUGGGAGCCGGAUACCUCGCGCUGCUUCAAGUGGCCACAUUUAAGGGUUGGAUGGAGAUCAUGUAUGCUGCAGUUGACUCUCGAGCUGUGGAGGAACAGCCCAUUAAAGAGAACAGCCUGUAUAUGUACCUGUAUUUUGUCAUCUUCAUCAUCUUUGGCUCCUUCUUCACUUUAAAUCUCUUCAUUGGUGUCAUCAUUGAUAAUUUCAACCAGCAGAAGCGAAAGAUAAGGGGGCAGGACAUCUUCAUGACAGAAGAGCAGAAGAAAUAUUAUAAUGCUAUGAAAAAACUCGGAUCCAAAAAACCACAGAAACCAAUCCCAAGACCUCCUAAUCCAUUUCAAGGAUUCUUCUUUGACCUGGUCUCCAAACAAGCGUUUGAUAUCAUCAUAAUGCUGCUCAUCUUACUCAACAUGGUGACCAUGAUGGUGGAAACCGAUGAGCAGUCUCCUAACAUCGAGUACAUCUUAUACUACAUUAACUUGGCCUUCAUCGUCGUCUUCACCGCCGAGUGCAUCAUUAAAAUCAUCGCUUUGCGCCAAUACUACUUCACCAUCAGCUGGAAUAUCUUUGACUUUGUGGUUGUCAUUCUCUCCAUUGUGGGUAUUGUCCUCGCAGACAUCAUUGAGAAAUAUUUUGUGUCGCCCACGCUGUUUCGAGUCAUUCGAUUGGCUCGAAUAGGACGGAUCCUUCGACUCAUCCGAGGGGCCAAAGGAAUCAGAACGUUGCUUUUUGCUUUAAUGAUGUCAUUGCCUGCGUUGUUCAAUAUCGGUCUUCUGCUCUUCCUCGUCAUGUUCAUCUACGCCAUCUUCGGCAUGGCCAACUUCGCCUACGUCAAGAAGCAGGGCGGCAUCGACGACAUGUUUAACUUCGAAACGUUCGGCAACAGCAUGAUCUGCCUCUUCCAGAUUACCACCUCGGCGGGUUGGGACAACUUACUCAGUCCCAUACUGAAUAACUCGCCGGAGGAAUGUGAUCCGGAUAUACCGCACACCGGCACCAACGCCCGCGGGAACUGCGGAAAUCCCUCGGUGGGCAUCACCUUUUUCGUAACCUACAUUAUUAUUUCUUUCCUGAUCGUGGUCAAUAUGUACAUUGCGAUAAUUUUGGAGAAUUUCAGCGUGGCGACGGAGGAAAGCACCGAACCGUUGAGCGAGGACGAUUUCGAGAUGUUUUACGAGGUUUGGGAAAAGUUCGACCCGGAAGCCACGCAGUUCAUCGAGUACUCCAAGCUCUCGGACUUUGCGGACACGCUCUCCGAACCGCUCCGCAUUGCCAAGCCCAAUAAAAUCAAACUCAUUUCCAUGGACCUUCCCAUGGUGAGCGGAGACAAGAUACACUGUCUGGAUAUCUUAUUCGCUUUCACCAAACGCGUACUGGGUGAGUCGGGCGAAAUGGACGCUUUGAAACAGCAAAUGGAGGAGAAGUUCAUGAUGGCCAACCCGUCCAAGAUCUCGUACGAGCCCAUCACCACCACCCUGAGGCGUAAACAAGAGGAGGUGUCCGCCAUCGUGAUACAAAGAGCGUACAGGAGACAUCUAAUGAGGCAGCAGAUGAAACAAGCCUCAUUACUCUACCGUCAGAUCAACGCGCCCGGCACUGCCAAAGACGACGACGUCACGCCGGGGGACGAGGGACUCGUGGCCUCCAUGAUCCUGGAAAACUAUGGACCCGAAGUGGAGAUCACGGAGACGUUGUCGUUGACGUCUUCGCCCCCGUCGUACGACAGCGUGACGAGAGCCACCAGCGAACUUUUCCAAGCUCUUAUGCCGGAGGCCAGAAACACAGACCUAAGCGAAACUUUUCCUUCACCGGACAGAGACCGCGAGACGUUUCUGUGAUGGAGGCGGACCCCGUUUCUUUUUGUUUACCGAAUGUAACGUACUGUAGUUCAAAUCAUACAUGUGGUCGUGCGUUUUGUAAAAAACAAAAGCGUUUUGAAUACACGAGAGGAACGAGCAGUGACAUGCUCAUGAUGCUGACGCUCACAGUUUGAUGAAUGCAUGAAUGAGAUAACUAUGGAGGUGAUCAUAUCAGGCUAUAAUAAUCACAAACACAUCAGCCUGACUGUAAGGUCUUACUUAAAUCGGCUUUUGUAGAAGAAGACAUCAGAGGACUGUGAUCCUAUAUCCGUGCUACAUCCGUGUCAAUGUCAUAGGUUCAUUAUUCAUGUCAUUUGGGGACACAUGACGAUUACCUCUUUCUAUUUGUCGCUAGCGAUGAAAAACUGUGUGGUGACACUUCAGAAUUUCGCUGGUUUGGACUAAGAGUAUUUGCUCUUUUUGUUGGCAAACGAUAUUUGGCUUUUGUUCCCAGGUGUCGAUACAAGGUGCAGUUACCAGUAAAAGACAAUCAGACGUGCACCGGAUACCAUCACACGCUUAAAACCUCUUUGUCUUUACUUAUUUCUAGCAAAAGACAGCACAUGCUCAUUUAUUAUUGGUUUCUAUUGUGAAGUAUUUAUUUUGCAUGUAAAAAAACUGCAUGGUAUGGAGGGAUAUAAAGAUAACCACUUUCUUUUUAAAGCCGAAACAAUUGUUUUGCACACUAUACGUUCAGCAAUAAUUUGAUACGUUUAGGUAUAAAUGGUAAAGAUAAUAUUUAUUGGAAUUAAAAAGGUGUCAAAGUUUCUACUGUAACGGCUUUCGGCUGUAACUGUGGCUUACAUUACUAGUGACGAAUAUAGCACACGUGUUUUUCUAAUUCAGACGUACGAUGAGAUAUCAGUCCGCUUGAACGCACAGUUCACUCGGGUUGGCAGGUUUGGUGAAGGGCUGUUUUAUGUAGCAAUAGUUCCCAAGUGUGCCUGAUAGAACUGAAACCUCCUGUGUUUAUCAUUCAACUUUCAGUAAUGCAUUUGAUCCUUUUGUAAAUCAUUACACCAUAAAUGCCAUCAAACUGAGAAACGGCCAUUGACUGAUCUUUAUGAUGAUGAUGAUGUUUCUGUAUGUCCUGUUUGUAUGGUGAUGAUAGAUUGUGCCAUUAUUACAGUAUGUACUAGUAAUGCGUGGGGUCAGGGUUUUUUCCCUUUUAUGAAAUUAUUGGCAGCCGCGACUAUUAAAUAGACCAAAUAGGCAUUGUAAUGUAAAUGAAAACAGGCUGUAUUUCAGUCUCAAAGUGCUUGAAAGCAGCCAUUAGAUUACAUCGCCCUUCACUGCAAAAAAUUUAUUUCUUACUUAGUAUUUUUGUCUUGUUUCUCAGUAGAAAUAUAAAAACAAAUCUUAAAAA